AUGGGAGUGCUGUCCUAUAUCUUGGGUUUCUCAGUCAUCCAAGACAAGGAGAAAAACUGUGUGUUUCUUCAUCAGAAACAUUACAUUGAAGCCAUUCUUCAAAAAUAUGGCAUGCAUGAUGCCAGUCCUGAUGCAACUCCAAGUGAUGCAAAUGUGAAGCUAAAAAAGAAUGAUGGUGUAAGCAAACCUGUGAACUCAAGUACUUAUCAGUCCAUGGUAGGAAGCCUACUGUAUGCUGCAAUGGCCACACGACCUGACAUAGCACAAGCAGUGAGUGUUGUAUCAAAGUUCAACGCUAUUUCAAGUGCUGCUUAUCUGACUGCUGUGAAGAGAAUUAUACGGUUCUUGAAGGCUAACCUGAAUCUUGCUCUCAAGUAUGAGUGGUCAGAUUCUGAAACUUUGAUCGGAUACUCAGAUGCUGACUGGGCUGGUGACCAGGACAAUCGUCGUUCGACAACUGCCAAUGUGUUCUUACUGGGCGGAGGAGCAGUGAGCUGGCACAGCAAGAAACAGUCAACUGUUGCGCUUUCGACAGCGAAGGCUGAGUACAUUGCACUUAGUCAAGCAGCUAUGGGCGCAACACUAAAAAGGGAGUGUUCCAAAAAGUCAAAGUCAUACUACUGGUGCAACAUAGGUAAAGGGUGUGACUACUGCUCCCCAGCAAAUGUCGUCAUGUAUAAGAACGAGCUGUACUAA